AUGCCCGCAGUGAGUGACCGAUCUCAGAAAAUGUUGACUGAAAUUCUGAAAUGCGUUCUCAAUUAGGAAGGAUUACUUAGGUGGGGUUGUAAUACUGAUUAUCAUGCAGCAUAACCCUAUAACAUUUUGGACUUGGCAAGAUGUCAGCUUUUGAAUACACUGCUCUUCAAUCUCCUGUGGAAACCGUACUCGGUGAAAAGGGGCUACUUACGUAGCAUGCAGUUUUCGCAUUGAUUUUCGAUGGUCUCGCAAAUCCAAAUAUAUUUUGUAGAAAACACAAACAAAAAUACGCUUUCCUUCAGUCGUUGGAUAGAGAAUCACGUCAUCUUUAUAUUUUAUACUCGAAAAAGAAGUAUAAUUGGGUUUUAAAAUUUUUUUUAAUUGCUGAAUAAUUCGGAGCCUGACCAGUCGUUGCACUAGCGCUUAGUGAUUUCAGUCUACAAGGUGCGUGCGUUCCGAGUAAAGAAAGUCACAUAUUCUUUUACGUUCUUAAGAAGAUAUCAUACAGAGUCCAUAAAAUUCUGCAAUGGAUACGCACUGUGUUAUACAUUUCAUGAGGAGCAGUGGUAAAAAUACAGGUACGAUGGUAUAUGAGUGUACAUUUUACGGUCUUAAAAAAUCUCAUAAUUAGAAACUUUUUUAAAACCCAAUUAUACUGCUUUUUCGAGUAUAAAAUAUAAAUAAGGCGUGAUUCUCUAUUGAAUAACUAAAAGAAGGCAUAUUUUUGUUUAUGGUUUCUAUAAAAUAUAUUUGAAUUUCCAGGACCAUCGAAAAUCAAUGGGAAGAAUGCGUGCUACUUAAGUAGUCAUUUUUCGCCGAGUACGGUUUCCACAGGAGAUUGAAAAGCAGUGUAUUCAAAAGCUGACAUCUUGCCAAGUCCAAAAUAUUAUAUGGUUAUGCUGCAUGAUAAUCAGUAUUACAACCCCACCUAAGUAAUCCUUCCUAAUUGAGAACGCAUUUCAGAAUUUCAGUCAACAUUUUCUGAGAUCGGUAACUCACUGUAGGUGGAAACUUCCUGGUGAAUUCGCAGUUGUUGCUUUUACAGUCACUAACAACCUCUUCUGUAAACCAAACAAUUCUUUUUCCUCUUCUUCCUUCCCCCUCCCCCUCCUAGUUCUUCUUCUUCUUCUUCUUCUUCUUCUUCUUCUUCUUCUUCCUCCUCUUCUUCUUCUUCUUCUUCUUCUUCUUCUUCUUCUUCCUCCUCUUCUUCUUCUUCUUCUUCUUCUUCUUCUUCGUCGUCGUCGUCGUCUUCUUCUUCUUCUCCUCCAUAUUCCCCUCGUCAUCAUGCAAUUCCUCUCAGGUAGUCUCAGCCCAGCAGUCCCUUGUUCCAUCGCCCCGCAACCAGUUACUGCCUGCCCACAAAGGCAUCUCCAAAGUGAAGGGGACGCAGUCCAACUAG